ACCAUUCUUCAGAAUAAAGAAAACGCCAGAACUGUGUUGUGCGUUUCGCUUUAUUACUACAGGCCGACUCAUAUUAAGUCUGAGGCCGGUAACAUCAACAGUGAUGACAAACCCAGCCUGCCUCUCUCCUUCCACACUGAGUCCAAACCUACAGUCACUGGAUCCUGAUUGUGAAAGUGGAGCCCAGUUUGCACAGCAGGAUCCAGAGAUGGCAUCAGUGAAGCUGGAAGACUGCAGUCAAACACUGGAGCUGAAUGUCAACAUUAAAGAUGAAGAAGAAGAGGAGGAUAAGAAACGGACAUCUGUUACUCGUGGAGAUCAUGUUGAGACAUUCUCUACAUCCAGAGAGCAACAGCAGGAAAAUCACAGAGCUAAGAGGUCUCACCCCUGCCCACAUUGUGAGGAGAUUUUCCCAUUUCUAUCAAAGCUAAAAAUACACCUAAAAAUACACACAGGAGAGAAUCUCUAUUCCUGCACUGACUGUGGGAAGAGUUUAAAAACAUCACAGGCUCUGACAGUUCAUCAGAGAGUGCACACUGGAGAGAAACCUUACUCCUGCUCUGAUUGUGGGGAGCGUUUCUCUCAUCAGAGCAACUUAAAAACACACCAACGUAUACACACAGGAGAGAAGCCUUACUACUGCUCUGACUGUGGAAAAUGUUUCACAACAUCAACUGGGCUAAAAGUUCAUCAGAGAACACACACAGGAGAGAAGCCUUACUUCUGUCCUGACUGUGGGAGGAGUUUCAUAACAUCACGGACUCUGACAGUUCAUCAGAAAAUGCACACUGGCGAGAAACCUUACUACUGCUCUGAUUGUGGGGAAAGUUUUUCUCAACAGAGCAAUUUUAAAACACACCAACGUACACACACAGGAGAUAAGCCUUACUACUGCUCUGACUGUGGAAAGGGUUUCUCUCAACAGAUCCACUUAAAAUGUCACCAGCGAAUACACACAGGAGAGAAGCCUUACUCCUGCUCUGACUGUGGGAAGGGUUUCUCCCAACAGAGCAACUUAAAAUGUCACCAACGCAUACAUAAAGGAGAGAAGCCUUACUCCUGCUCUGACUGUGGGAAGUGCUUCACAACAUCAACUGAGCUAAAAGUUCAUCAAAGAGGACACACAGGAGAGAAGCCUUACUCCUGCUCUGACUGUGGGAAGAGUUUCUCCCAACAGGGCAGCUUAAAAAUACACCAACGUAUACAUAAAGGAGAGAAGCCUUACUCCUGCUCUGACUGUGGGAAGUGCUUCACAACAUCAAGCGAGCUAAAAUCUCAUCAGAGAACACACACAGGGGAGAAGCCUUACUGCUGCUCUGACUGCCAGAAGAGUUUCUCCCAAUUGGCUACCUUAAAAACACAUCAACGUAUACAUAAAGGCAAGAAGCCUCAUCAGUUGUCUCAGGCCAGUUAAGAUUAAAGUCACUCCAUCACUGCAUUCUCAUCUCAUAAAGGAAGUGGUAACAGUGAAUUUGAUAACAUUAAGACUAACACUCAUUUGUAAUCCUAUUGUUUCUCACUGACAACUGUGCAGAGGAAAGGGAGCGUUAUAGAAUGUCAUUGGAAAUAUAUAUUUUUUGGGGUGGUGCUGGAGAUGUUGAAUAUGACGUUGAAACAUUUAAACAUUUUCCUUUAAGGCAAAAACAAAAGGAGGGUGGUCGGUUGGUCGGGGUGGAUAGGUCAGCAUAUAACAUGAAUGUCUAGCAACCCAAAGGUUUCAUGUUCAAAUCUCAUCACGGACAACUUUAGCAUUUUAGCUAAUAAGCAACUUUGCAACUACAAUACAUGACCAAAAGUAUGUGGACACCUGCUCGUCUAACAUCUCAUUCCAAAAUCAUGGGCAUUAAUAUGGACUUGGUCCCCCCUCUGCUGCUAUAACAGCCUCCACUCUUCUGGGAAGGCUUUCCACUAGAUGUUGGAACAUUGCUGUGAGGACUUUCUUUCAUUCGGCUCGAAGUCAGCGUUCCAAUUCAUCCCAAAGGUGUUCGAUGGGGUUGCGGUCAGGGCUCUGUGCAGGCCAGUCAAGUUCUUUCACACCGAUCUCGAUAAACCAUUUUUGUAUGGACCUCGCUUUGUGCAUAAGAGCAUUGUCAUGCUGAAACAGGAAAGGGCCUUCCCCAAACUGUUGCCACAAAGUUGGAAGCACAGAAUUGUCAAGACUGUCAUAGUAUGCUGUAGCGUAAAGAUUUUCCUUCACUGGAACUAAGAGGCCUAGCCCGAACCAUGAAAAACAGCCCUAGACCAUUAUACCUCCACCAAACUUUACAUUUGGCACUAUGCAUUGGGGCAGGUAUCGUUCGCCUAGCAUCCACCAAACCCAGAUUUGUCCAUCAGACUUCCAGAUGAGGUGUGAUUCAUCACUCCAGAAAGUCCAAUAGCUUUACACCACUCCAGCUGACGCUUGGCAUUGCGCAUGGUGAUCUUAGGCUUGUGUGCAGCUGCUCGGUCAUGGAAACCCCUUUUUUGUGAAGCUCCCGACGAACAGUUCUUAUGUUGACGUUGCUUCGAGAGGUAGUUUGGAUUUCGGUAGUGAGUGUUGCAACCGAGGACAAACGCGCUUCAGCACUUGGCGGUCCCGUUCUGUAAGCUUGUGUGGCCUACAACUUCGCAGCUGAGCCGUUGUUGCUUCUAGACGUUUCCACUUCACAAUAACAGCACUUAUAGUUGACCGGGGUAGCUCUAGCAGUGCAUAAAUUUGAUGAACUGACUUGUUGGUAAGGUGGCAUCCUUUGACAAUGCCACUUUGAAAGUUGCUGAGCUCUUCAGGCCAUUCUACUGCCAACAUUUGUCUAUGGAGAUUGCAUGGCUGUGUGCUCAAUUUUAUACACCGGUCAGUAAUAGGUGUGGCUGAAAUGGCCGAAUCCACAAAUUUGAAGGGGUGUCCACAUACUUUUGUGUGUGUAUAUAGAUAUAGAGAGAUAUAUAGAUAACUCAGCAAAAAAAUAAAUGUCCUCUCACUGUCAACUGCGUUUAUUUUCAGCAAACUUGACGUAUAAAUAUUUGUAUGAACAGAAGAGUCAACAACUGAGACAUAAACUGAACAAGUUCCACAGACAUGUGACUAACAUAAAUUGAGUAAUGUGUCCCUGAACAAAGAGGAGGGGGGUCAAAAUCAAAAGUAACAGUCAGUAUCUGGUGUGGCCACCAGCUGCAUUAAGUACUGCAGUGCAUCUCCUCAUGGACUGCACCAGAUUUACCAGUUCUUGCUGUGAGAUGUUACCCUACUCUUCCACCAAGGCACCUGCAAGUUCCCGGACAUUUCUGGGGGGGAAUGGCCCUAGCCCUCACCCUCCGAUCCAACAGGUCUCAGACGUGCUCAAUGGGAUUGAGAUCCGGGCUCUUCGCUGGCCAUUCCUGUCUUGCAGGAAAUCACUCACAGAACGAGCAGUAUGGCUGGUGGCAUUGUCAUGCUGGAGGGUCAUGUCAGGAUGAGCCUGCAGGAAGGGUACCACAUGAGGGAGGAGGAUGUCUUCCCUGUAAAGCACAGCGUUGAGAUUGCCUGCAAUGACAACAAGCUCAGUCCGAUGAUGCUGUGACACACCGCCCCAGGCCAAUGACGGACACUCAACCAAAUCGAUCCCGCUCCAGAGUACAGGCCUCGGUGUAACGCUCAUUCCUUCGACGAUAAAUGCAAAUCCGACCAUCACCCCUGGUGAGACAAAACCGUGACUAGUCAGUGAAGAGCACUUUUUUCCAGUCCUGUCUGCGACGGUUGGUUUGUGCCCAUAGGCGACGUUGUUGCUGGUGAUGUCUGGUGAGGACCUGCCUUACAACAGGCCUACAAACCCUCAGUCCAGCCACUCUCAGCCUAUUGCGGACAGUCUAAGCACUGAUGGAGGGAUUGUGCGUUCCUAGUGUAACUCGGGCAGUUGUUGUUGCCAUCCUGUACCGCAGGUGUGAGGUUCGGAUGUACCGAUCCUGUGCAGGUGUUGUUACACGUGGUCUGCCACUGCGAGGACAAUCAGCUGUCCAUCCUGUCUCCCUGUAGCACUGUCUUAGGCACCUUACAGUACGGACAUUGCAAUUUGUCUUCAUGCCUCCUUGCAGCAUGCCUAAGGCACGUUCACGCAGAUGAGCAGGGACCCUGGGCAUCUUUAUUUUGGUGUCAGUAGAAAGGCCUCUUUAGUGUCCUAAGUUGUCAUAACUGUGACCUUAAUUGCCUACCGUCUGUAAGCUGUUAGGGUCUUAACGACCGUUCCACAGGUGUAUGUUCAUUAAUUGUUUAUGGUUCAUUGAACAAGCAUGGGAAACAGCGUUUAAACCCUUUCCAAUGAAGAUCUGUGAAGUUAUUUGGAUUUUUACGAAUUAUCUUUGAAAGACAGGGUCCUGAAAAAAGGAAGUUUAUUUUUUUGCUAAGUUUAUAUAGUGUACUCAGCAUGUUAGGUUAGCAUGUAACUAUUUAGCAUGCUAAUUUAUGUUAACAACCUCAAAUUGGAAUAAGUAAAAUAUUAUACGUAUUGCAUAUUCAUAACAAUUGUACAUAACAAAUUCAUAUGAAUUGUAAUUCGUAACAUACUAUAUUCGUAACGACUCAUAUACAUUCGUAGGCCAAUGUAAUGUAACAUAAUAUACUGGUAUCAUACUAAAGUGAGCGGUAUGGAUUUUUGUAAGAUAUAAUACGUUUUGAUCUGACAGCAAGUUGUCUCAGAGCUUUGACCGUUGUUGCAUCUGUGGGUCGCUCUGGAUGGGAGUCUGUCAGAUGACUAAUGUGAUGUAGAUGUCGAGCGGCUUCGCUGCAAAUAGAUUGUAUGUUUUAAAUAUUCAACAAUGAUAAUAAAUAAAAUAAAAAGUUAUUCCCCUGCAGGUAGAGAUGGUGUGAUGAUCAGUUCUCUGUGGGAAUUAGUUAGUAGAUACAUGUAUCAGAUAGAGAUGGUGUGAUCAGUUUUCAACAUUAGUUUGGGUGGAUUCUUUUUUUACUACAUAAUGACUUUUGUUUAAUGAUACACAGGCUAUGAAAUGACUAGGUGUUUAUUACAUUGUCUUAUAAAACUAGAUUGAUUACUUUAGUCAUUGAUACAUUUAUUUGGAUAACUGCAAUUAAUGUAAUUGUUCUGCCUAUGAAAAAUAAACAUUCUACAUGAAUUUGU